UUUUUUCUGUUUUCACUUGCAAUUUUGUUCUCUCUUGAAAACCCAAACAAAGUGAGAGAGAGAAAAACCGUCUAGACUCCAACUCCAAGCGAGACAAGUGAAAGAAAGUUGAAAACAAAAAAGGCAUGGCAAGGAGUACGGUUACAGACGACCUCAACACUGCGCUCUCCGAGCAAUUCCGAGUGCUCAUGGCGGCGGAAAUCCUAGACUCCGACCUCGACAUGGCCUAUCAGCUCCAAAUGGAAGAAGCCAUGAACGCCUCCAUCGCUCUCCAACCUUCAACCUCAACAUCACAGGCACAGCUCAAUUACGCCUUGUCAUCUCCCGACGACGACGACGACGACCUUUCCGACUUCGCCGUCGAGCUUAUGCUGCAAGACGUGGAUUGGUUCGCGCAAGAGCUCGAGGACCGCGAGCUAAGCGAGGCGGAGAUGAGGAAAAUGCUGGAGGAUCUGGACCGUCGGAUCCAUGAUCAGAAGCUCGCGGAAGAUAUUCAAAAUAUCCCCGAACAGGAUUGGGAAGUCGAUGGGGACAAUUACCACCGUCCGUACCGUACGGACCUUUCGUCAUCGUCGUCUUCUUCUUCGUUGAGCGGUUUGCUUGACACCGAGUGUUUCAGGUUGUAUUUCAAGGGGUUGGUGAGCGAAGAGAGCGUUAGGGGUAUGAAGGUGACUGUGGCUGGUGCUGGGGUUGCGAUUUGCGAUCCGAGAGAUAAUCUGAUCUUGGAGGUGAGGAAGAAUCUGGAGGCGGUCGUGGAUGGUCAAGUCGUGACCUAUGAAGUUGCUGAGCUUGAGGCUCUGAUCGAAGGGCUCAAUGAAGUUCUCAGUUUGGAUUUGGAAAGGCUCACCUUUUUCUGUGAUGACUACAUGCUUUACCAAUAUCUUACAGGUAGAGUACAACCCCGACAGAGCAAGAUUGCAACAUUAGUCAAUCAGGUGGCUCUUCUCCAAAGAAAAUUUACAUACUGCAACCCGUCUCUUGUGGCACGUAAUUAUGUUAAGUUUGCAUUUAAAUUCGCAAGAGAUGCUAUAGUUUCUCAAAUUACUUGGCCUGAAGAAACUAGCAACAGCAAGAGUUUGAAGGAGACAUGUGUGAUUUGCUUUGAAGAUACCGAUGCUGAUAAAAUGUUCUCAGUUGAUGGUUGCCAGCACAGGUAUUGCUUUUCUUGUAUUAAACAGCAUGUGGAGGUCAAGUUUCUUAAUGGGAUGAUGGCAAAGUGCCCUCAUGAAGGUUGUAAGUGUGAGGUUAGUAUUGAUAGCUGUGGAAAAUUCUUGGCACCAAAGUUGGUUGAGGUCAUGAGCCAACGAAUGAAGGAAUCUUCUAUUCCUGUUACAGAGAAAGUUUAUUGCCCAUAUCCCAGGUGCUCGGCAUUAAUGUCAAAAAGUGCUAUUUUAGAAUAUACGAAGACUGUAAAUGUUGCUGCUGAAGAAUCUGGAGUCAGAAAAUGCAUGAAAUGUCAUUACUUACUCUGUGUCAAUUGCAAAGUCCCUUGGCAUUCUAGUCUGACCUGCUAUGAUUACAAACGAUCAAAUCCUUAUUCUCAUUCAGAAGAUGCAAAGCUUCAGUCCCUUGCAGAGGCAAAACAUUGGCGCCAGUGUGUGAAAUGCAACAACAUAGUUGAACUGGCUGAAGGUUGCUACCACAUUACUUGCAGAUGUGGGUAUGAGUUUUGCUACACUUGUGGUGAUGAGUGGAAGGACAAGAAAGCAACAUGUUCCUGUCCACUCUGGGAUGAGCAAAACAUUAUACGUGAUUAACAAGGAAGAUGAUGAUAUGGAGUCUGAUAACACUUAGUACAGACUGAGAUCAUGAUAAGUGUAUAUCUGUUUCUCUGCUCCCCGCCCCCCUUUUUUUUUUUUGGUUUUGGACAAAGAACAGUAAAAGGUAUUCUAUCAAUGCUGCAUAGAUCGAAGUGUGUAUGCUUAAAAAGGACUUGUUGGUGAUGUUAGGUCACAGUUUCUUAGUUUUUUUGUUGAAUUUUGGAUAUGAUGACUCUUAUAUUACAGAUUGAGUUUAUUUAUCAAAAAAAUAAAAAUAAAAAAUUGCAGAUUGAGUGAAA